GUUUAAUUUAUUUAUUUAUUUAUUUAUUUAUUUUUUAUUUCAAUACUAGUAAAUUUAAAUGGAAAUUAACUACAUUUCAAUCUAUGAUAAUACUGCAGAAGCAAAGUUUUUAUUUGUAUCUGAAAGUGUUACUGAUGUAUUAGGCUUUUUACCUGAAGAAUUAGUAGGGAUGGGUGGUUACGAAUUAACUCAUCCUGAUGAACGAAUUGCAAUUAAUCUAAUUCAUUCAGGUAAUGUUAAGAAUGAGCGCCUAUCAACUGUUGUUACUUGUCGCUCACGCCAUAAGGAUGGUCAUUAUAUCCAAUGUGAUGUGGUUAUUCACUAUUGCUACGAUACACUUGUUUGUACUAACUUUGCUAUUAUAUCGCCCAAUUGCAUAAAACACACAAUGAGAAUGAAUUCAGCAGAUACAGCCUUUUCAAUUCAGCCAGAUGGAUCCUUACAACUUAAAGGUGCCUGGAAUAUCGAACAAAAGAGAAUAAAAACUGAUUUAGCACAAAAGGAGCCUCGCUUUUGUCUCUUCUUGAAUCGAUAUACCACACAGUCUAUCAUUGUCUUUGCAACACGAAUGAGUAAAGCUCUUGUAGGUUUAGAUCCUAUUGAAUGUAUUGGAAAUUCUCUUUAUGAUUAUAUUGAUCCAAAAGAUAAGAAGAAUGUGAUGAGUCAGGUAGAACUAUCUAAAUCUAGUGAUGUUAUUGCUAGAGUAAGAUUUGGUUGGGUCAAGCCGAAUAGUGAAUUGCUAGACUUGCAACUACAGUGUCUGCAUAACAUUCAUUAUACACUUACCUACCGCAUGAUGCAUUCUAUUUGAUUCUCUCUUUUUUCAUAAUGCAUGUAUAUUAAUUAUUAUUAUGAGAAAUGAUGCAUACACGUGAUCAUAUUAUAUAAUUUUACAACUAUUGAU